GAAGUGAUGUUGGAUUGCAGAGAAGCUUAUAUUAAGCUCGUCGCAUCUCAUUGUUUAGGAUCUGGUUUCAAUUUCUGCUGCUGACUGCGUUUGUUCUGUUGUAUUAUUAUUUCACAUCUUCACACCCAAACCAACCAUCCAUCAAAAAUGUUGGCGGUUUUUGACAAAUCGGUGGCAAAGAGCCCUGAGGGUCUUCAGAGCCCUCAAUCAAAUUCCGUUUCAGCCGUAAAAGAUGGCUUUCUGGCACAGCACUUCUCUUCCGUUCAUCCUGGUUCCGUCACCGUUAAUCUUGGCACUUCGGGUCUCCUCGCCUAUUCUCUUCACAAACAGAACCCCCUCCUCCCAAGGCUGUUCGCUGUUGUGGAUGACAUUUUCUGCUUGUUUCAAGGUCACCUUGAGAACGUUGCGAAUCUUAAGCAACAAUAUGGAUUGAAUAAAACGGCUACUGAGGUAACCAUUAUCAUUGAGGCAUACAGGACUCUAAGAGAUCGUGGUCCCUAUCCUGCUGCUCAGGUUGUGAGAGAUUUCCAGGGCAAAUUUGCGUUUAUUCUGUAUGACAGUAGUGCUAGCACUGCAUUCAUUGCUGCGGAUGCUGAUGGGAAUGUUCCCUUUGCUUGGGGAACUGAUGCCGAUGGAAAUCUUGUUCUUUCAGAUGAGGCAGAGAUCGUAACUAAGAGCUGUGGGAAUUCCUUUGCACCAUUCCCCAAAGGAUUUUUCUUUACAACAUCCGGAGGUUUGAGCAGUUUUGAGCAUCCACUUAAUGAGGUGAAGCCUGUGCCGAGGGUUGAUAGUUCAGGACAGGUGUGUGGUGCCAAUUUCAAGGUGGAUGCUGAGACUAAGAAGGAAACAACUGGCAUGCCAAGGGUUGGGAGUGCUGCUAACUGGUCAAAUAAUAUAUGAUUGCCACCCCGUUCUGUUUGAAUUAAGGCUUUUAUCAUGGCCGAUUUCGGCCGAAUUUUAAAAUUCUGGUUCUGUUCCCAUAAUUUAACUUUGAGGCUCUAGCGAGGCUUGGCUUAUCAUAUUAAGCUAUACAAUUUGCUUGGAGCAAAUAUUUAAGCUCAUACUCUCUUGCCACAGGUCAUGUAAUAAUAUCAACUUGUGGACAGGUUCAUCCUAGAAAUUAUGAUUAUUUACUACCUUUUUUUAUAUCGAA